AUGCAACGGCCUGCUCGCCGAAUGAAAUGUGGUGCCUCAGAACGACCUGAUGCGGACGAGCUUCGACAGAUCGCGCCUGCCUUGCCAGCUCGGAAACGGUUUUGGUGGUGCCGUUUUGGAUGCUGGACCUUGCUACCGGCGAAGAUUGGCCUGGUGGUCAGUAUCCAGAUACCCUAUAAUCACGAGUGGCCAAUCGAUGUCGGCGCGUUGCAGCCGAAGGCGGGCAGACAAGAAGUCAGCGUCGGAUCAAACCAAGGUUCCGAGCUCGAUGAGCUGAGAUCAGUUCAGCCGGUACCGAGUGGAAGCCGUGCCGGACUUAUUAAGUCGAGCGCUGGCCGAGAUGCGCUGAUGCCUGUGCUGCGCCGACAACCAGCACAACUCUGCAGCGUCACGGAGAGAGAAGCUGCACGGCUCAGUUCCGUCGGCAUUUGCGUCUAUGGGCUUUGGCCUUCUGACGAACAUGAUGCAAUGGAGGAUCAGCUCAAGAGUCUCCGAUUCUCGACAAGCACAGACGCACAUUUCGAGAAUCGGAGUCGAUCCUGCUUGACUUCGGUAAUGCGCGCCAACCGCAUGCGAGAAACAAAAAGAGGAGGCCAGACCAGGUCGACCGACUGUUGUACAGUAAAUGCGAGCUAG